UAAACCCUCCUUCACUCUUCACCUUUCUUUCCUCUCUCUCCAAAACCUCCACAUUAAUGGCGACUGCUUCUCGUCUGAUUCAACUUCUCUUCGUAUUAUCCAUUCUCCACAUUUCCUCCGCCGGGAGACGACUCAGUGAGUUAGUCCAGGACUCGUCCAAUCUCUUACAGUACCACAACGGCGCUCUCCUCUCCGGCGACAUCUCCGUCAAUUUCAUCUGGUACGGCAACUUCAAGCCGUCGCAGAAAGCCAUCGUUUCCGACUUCAUCACCUCCCUCUCCGCCAAAUCACUUAAAUUCCAAACAGAACCAUCCGUCGCCACGUGGUGGAAAACCACCGAGAAAUACUACACGAAAACCACCGGUUCACUUUCGCUCCGACUCGGUAAACAAGUAUCCGACCCUACUUACUCUCUUGGAAAGUCGUUAACGGACAGACAUCUAAUCCAGUUAGCUUCCAAGGGUGAGUCAAGUCAGGCCAUUAACGUCGUGUUAACAGCAUCCGACGUGGCAGUCGAUGGUUUUUGCUCAAGCAGGUGCGGGUCCCACGGUUCCUCGUCAUCAUCUUCCAAAGAUGCCCAUACGAAAGGAAAAAAUUACAAAUUUGCCUACAUCUGGGUGGGUAACUCGGAGACUCAGUGUCCGGGUCAAUGCGCGUGGCCAUUCCACCAACCGAUUUACGGACCACAGGCUGCACCACUGGUGGCACCCAACAACGAUGUGGGUGUAGACGGGAUGGUUAUAAACUUGGGUGGACUAUUGGCUGGGACCGCUACGAACCCAUUUGGAAACGGGUAUUAUCAGGGGGAUGCAAGUGCACCACUAGAAGCUGCGUCGGCAUGUCCUGGGGUGUAUGCUAAAGGAGCUUAUCCUGGGUACGCAGGGGACUUGUUGGUGGAGUCGAGCACGGGUGCAAGCUACAAUGCACAUGGUACAAAUGGUAGAAAGUAUCUGCUUCCAGCUUUAUAUGAUCCAUCUACUUCCACUUGUUCUACUUUAGUUUAAAUGUAAACUUAUAUAGCAUACCAUACCAUAGCUUUAUUAGAUUUUUAUCAUCAUUAUUUCAUUUAUUAUUAUUAUUAUUAUCAUUAGUUCAAUUUUAUUCAAGUCUUUACCUCGA